CUCCCCGGGGCCCCGUCCUGAGAAGACAUUUGCUAAUCAUUAAUGUGAUGUGAAGGUUUUGGAAGGUAAAUAAAUGCUGGACUUUAGACGCAGCCGGAGAUCUGCGGGGAGCUGCGUGCGGAUAACGAGGGGGCAGAGAGGGAGAAUGGCUGCAGGCUGCUAGCGGGGAGCUCCGAUCUGCUGAUAUCCGGAGGAGGAGAAGGUAACGCAGGCAGCCGGUGGUCCUCUAUGGCCAGACUAUUGGGGGUCCAUGUAGCCCGCGUCUUCUCCUGCCAGUCACACAGGCCUACUAGGAACAUGGCGACCCUACAGGAUGACGCCCAUCGUAUAUUUUGGAGCGCUGUGUCGGCCGUCUUACCGCCCCGCAUGUUACGGAGAGCUCUGACUGUCAGGGAUGGCGAUGGCGCCUCUGUCCUGGAGUGCGGUGGGAAGGCGUUUUCCCUGGAGAAGAACCUCUAUCUGGUGGGGUUUGGAAAGGCCGUCCUGGGAAUGGCAGCCGCGGUGGAGCAGAUUGUUGGCCGCCAUUUGGUAGAAGGGGUGAUCAGCAUCCCGCGAGGCAUGGAGGAGAGCCUCAGGCAGGCGGGAAAGAGGGAGAUGCUGCUGAGUCCGGAGUCCAGGAUUCGUGUAAUGGAAGGAGCCGCAAACAACCUGCCGGACGAGGACGCAAUGAGGGCGGCAGCCGAAAUCCGGAGACUGGCAGAGAAGCUGGAGGAGAAGCACCUACUGCUGGUGCUGAUCUCAGGUGGCGGCUCCGCUCUUCUGCCAGCGCCCGUGCCCCCUCUGACCCUGCAGGACAAGCAGGCGGUGACCAGGCAGCUGGCUCUUAAAGGGGCAACAAUACAGGAACUCAACACCAUCCGCAGAGCCCUGUCACAGCUGAAGGGCGGCGGCCUCUCCAGGGCGGCGUACCCCGCACAGGUGGUCAGUCUCAUCCUGUCCGAUGUCAUUGGAGAUGACCUCGAUGUCAUUGCCAGCGGCCCCACCGUCUGCGGCUCUUACCCGGCAGAGGACUGUGCGCGGGUCCUGAGGACAUAUGGUUUGAGGGGCUCGGUGCCGGCCGCGGUGGAGGAAGUCCUGCUCUCCCGACCCCAGGCAGCGCCCCCGCAGCACCCCGGCCGCGUUCACAACAUUCUGAUCGGCUCCAACCUCCUUGCCCUCCGCGAGGCCGAGCAGGAGUCCCAGAAGUUGGGCUAUUUCACCGCGCUGCUCUCUACUGCCGUUAGCGGCGAUGUUAGGUUGGUCUCCCGCUUUUUCGCCCUCCUGGCUGAAGUCCUCUGCUCCUAUCUCACGUCUGCCCCCCGGAGGCAGGAGCUAGAAGAGGACCUCCUGGCCCUGGCCUCCUCAAUGAACGUUCCCGACCUCAACCUCGCAGACCGCCUGCAGGAAGUUAGGGUGUCCGGGGGCGUAGAUGCCGUCUGUCUGCUGUGUGGGGGGGAAACCACAGUUCAAGUGCAGGGAACGGGGAGAGGGGGAAGGAACCAGGAGCUGGCACUGCGGGUGGCUGCGGAGUGGCAUCGGGCUGCGGCUGCCAUGGCGGGGUGCCAGGUCGUGUUCCUGAGUGGGGGCACAGAUGGGCAGGAUGGUCCUACGCAGGCUGCUGGCGCUAUCUCCUACCCACAGCUGGUGGAUCAGGCUCGGCAGUGCAGUCUGGAUGUAGAGGCCUUCCUUAAAGCCAGCGACUCCUACGGCUUCUUCAGUCAGUUCCAGAACGGCAGGCGCCUCCUGGUGACCGGAUUAACUGGGACCAAUGUGAUGGACGUCCAGGUUCUGCUGGUGCAAAAGCGCAAGGACCAAUAAAGACGUUACAAAGAGCGCCAUUGUAUACACCAGUCACCCCCAGAGCUGCAAUCACAAUUCUGCUGUUACGUCACUUCUUAUACUCUGGUUUCUCCAGAGCUGCAUUCACUGUCACGCUGUGCUGAUGUGGGAGAGGUUGUGUAUAUGGCAGGCAAUGUACAGUAGUGUGAAUACAAUGCCGGGGAUCAGUGCAUUAUGACACAUGGGUUAUGCUGUUAGAUAUUUUUGAGGACAAGACUGUAAGAUGUUACAGAGAAUUCUCCCUGCAAAGAACCUUUACAGCCGGUGACCCCAUCAACGCCCCAUUUAUCAUGGCGCACACCCACCCUCCCCUCGUUCUGCAGUUAACCCUCUGCUCGCCGCAACCAGGUCAUGAGGUUUAGUUUUGCUGUAGGCUGUAAAAUGAGAUCCUGUGGUGCUGACAUCUAGUGGCCAAUGUGAGAACUGCAGGGUGCUGCCAUUUGUUAUUACAAUGACCAUCAAUAAAGGAAAAAAUAUAAAAAAAUGUCUUU